AUGGAGUUUAUGGUGAAUCACCUGAACGCACUCUCGAACCAAAGCGUACACGCGAAACCGCUGAUCCUUCAUUGCUGCGCCAACAUCUUCAUCACCUAUCUCUGCUCGAAGAACUUCGGUUUCGAGCACGAGGGCUUCCGUAAUAUGGUGGAGAACUUCGACAAGGUGUUCUUCGAAGUGAACCAGGGCUACGCGGCCGACUUUCUGCCAUUCCUCAUGCCGCUUCAUCACAGGAACAUGGCCAGAAUGGCACACUGGAGCCACGAGAUCCGUAAAUUCGUCAUCAAGAACAUCAUCUCCGACAGAGUGAACAGCUGGAAAGGCGUCGUUCCUGAAAAAGACUACGUAGACUGCCUGGUGAACCACGUGAAGAACGAGACGGAUCCUCCCAUGUCCUGGAACACGGCUCUCUUCGUCAUGGAGGACAUCAUCGGUGGUCAUACAGCUAUCGGUAACCUCCUGGUCAAGGUGCUGGGAUUCCUUGCCACGCGACCAGACGUCCAGAAGCUAGCACAGGAAGAGAUCGAUGCUAUUGGUCUGCCUAACAAGUUCGUGGGAUUGCAGAAUAGAGGAUCCUUGCCCUACGUCGAAGCCAUCAUCUUGGAGACCAUCAGGAUAAUCGCCAGUCCCAUCGUCCCGCACGUGGCUAACCAAGAUAGUUCCAUCGCUGGAUACAGAAUCAAGAAGGACACCUUCAUCUUCCUAAACAACUACGACCUGAACAUGUCGACCGACCUGUGGACCUCGCCAGAGAAAUUUAUGCCCAGCAGAUUCGUGCAGAACGGAAGGCUGCUGAAGCCGGAACACUUCCUGCCGUUCGGUGGCGGUCGAAGGUCCUGCAUGGGCUACAAACUGGUGCAGUAUCUGAGCUUCGCGAUCCUUGCCACGCUGCUGAAGAACUUCACGAUAACGCCUAUCCCGAACGAGGAUUACGCGAUCCCUAUCGGGAACCUGGCCCUGCCUGAGAUGACAUUCAAAUUCCGAUUUGAACGACGGUAG